UCAAAACAAAAACAAAAGUACAUAGCCAUGGCUCUGUACUUCCUGUUUUAGGGGAAGUCUCUACUCUACCCAAUUUUUCCGAAUAUGUAUAAAAGUAAUUGCUACUAGCUUGAAGUAUUCAAGACCCGAACAUUAUAGGAAGAGUUCGCAGGAGCCUCAUAAUGCAGAAUACAACAAAUGAAGUGGCCUGUAUUCCAAACCAAAAAGCUGAAGAGAGAAUGAUACCUUCAGAUGGAGAGGUAGAGAAAGAAAGUUCAUUUGUCAGUAAGCUCGAUACUGCAGAAGAACUUGAAGAUGAAUUUAGAAUAGCAUCUGACCUUUCUUUCUUGAAAGAUUCUACUGCAUCAUCCUCCCCACUGGAGAACUUCAAAAGCUCUUAUGCAAAAUCUCUGGCUGACUCGUACAGACGUGCAAGUUUACCAGUUGUUGUUUCAGCACCCAAGGGACAAUUUUAUUUUAAUAACAAGGAAGUAAUCUCACUGAAUUCUGGUUACUUUGGUCAGAAUAAAUAUCUCAGUUUAAAUUCACCUGUUAGUGUAGCUUCAUCCCUACAGAGCAGUGAGCCAACAUCACUUCCUACAGCCUUAAACACAGUAGUACAGGGAAUUGGGCAGACACAACAGACUACUGGGUCAACUGAAAAUCUGAGAAAUUUAGCCGUGCAGGAGAUUCCCAUUUUUGUUCCACUUGACAAAAUAUGCAACAAUGAAAAUAAACAAAAGUCCUUAAAUAGCAGCACGAACUACAGUGGAGAUUUAGUAACUACCACUGAUGGGAGACAGUUGGUAAUGUUUUCUGGUUUUAACAAGCUCUGCGAUGAAAGUAUGCUUUUAUCAAGGAAUGGUGAAACUCUUGGAAUUGUACAGGAGAAAGAUAUCCAGAAUGAAGGCCUCCGUCUUGAACAUACUCAGUUAGAAGGACGUGUACAACAAUUGUGUGAGGUACUUGCUGAUCGAGAUAGUACCAUUCAGAGAUUGGAAGAGGACCUUCUUAGAAUGAGGAUGGAGUGCCAGCGCCUUAUGGUAGACAAUAGAAGUAUGAAAAGCAACUUGGGUUCAAGUUCCUUCCAAGCAAAUACAAGCAAUUCACCAAAUGAAAUGCAGAAGUUGAAGCAGCAAGUUGAACUUCUUACUGCUCAACUUGAUAAGGCUGAAAGAAGCAGGCGCACAUAUGAAACUGCAACUCGGCAGUUGGUUGACUUUCUGCACACUGUAAAUUCAACUUUAAGUAAUUCAUGUACAAAUUUAAGCUCUCCUGCACAUUCAACAUCUUCCCGAAACUCAUCAAUGAAUUUACAGUCAGACACCAGUCUCUAUGAGACUUCAAGGAAAUCUGAGGCAAUACACAGAACAGAGAGUGUGUAUGCUUUACCCACACACACAGGAAAUCGUCCUAGGGUUAACCGUUCUGUUAGUACUUACUGUGUGGCAUCAACUCCACCAGCCAAAGAGUCUGGUGCAACAGCAGGACGUGCAGUUAAUUCAGAGUUUUUGGUAACACGUGCCAAGGAAUUGAUUGCUUCUCUCAAGUCUCUCACUAGGAAUGAAAGUGUGUUAAGGCUUCAUGUUGAACCCAAAAAAUAUGGGUCAUCUGUUGCAAGUAGCAGUGGUGUGUCAUUGCGCAGCUUUAAGAAGGAAAGUUUCAAUGGAGAUGACCAUAGCUCUACCUCAUCAUAUCAGCUUCAGACUUCAAAGGAAGAAAAUCCAGCAAAUAAUGAUGCUGAGGCAGUGAUACAGGCUCAAGCUUCUGCCAAAUUGAAUGAUGGUUCCCAGCCGCUAAGCUUAAUGGUGGUGGGUGAGGCAUCAUCCCAUUCUGUGGAGCAAGGGUACUCUUCUCUCCCUGUCAGUGGAUGCAUAUCAAGAAUCCUGAAUGACUCUGAUCAGCGUCUUGUAUGGGUUUGAGACUCUGAAGACCACAUUAGUUUGGGUUUAACAGAUGUGAAGUUUAGUCAGUGGUUUCAUCAUUUGUCUCUAGCCAAAACUGGGAUAAGAUUGAUGGAUGGUGGAAAGUCAUUUGCACAAAUUAUAAGUUUUAUUGUUUUAUUCUUCUACUCUUAUUAGCACAAAAUAUCACUGAAGUGUAUAGAUUAAGUGGCAUGAAAGUAAUAUCUGUUGUAUGUUAGUGUGAGAUUUUUAUGAUUAAGUGGACCAAAAAUUUAGGUUGUAGUUUCGCUAUGGUAUUGCAUAAUGUUCACAGAACAGAUUCUGAAAAUAUGUACCUCAAGCAUGUCUGUACUUUGCUGAUGAAUUUGAUUACUUGAAUUUUCCAAAUUUGGGAUGAAUAAGGUGCUUUCAGACUUCUCCUAAUAUCAUUUUCAUCUUUUAAAUUAUUGGUUACAAUUUGGUUAUUACUGUAUUGAAUUUUCCUGCUGUGGAAAAAAGUGAUGUGGUUAAUUGCUCAUAAUUCUGUUCACUGUAGCAGUGUUUUUUUAUGGCAAUCUUUCAAACAGUUUUCAGCAGUGUACAUAGUUAUGUUGUGUUCCCUCUUUUAAACCAAAUAAACAAAAAACUCAUUUUAAAUAAGGUAACUUUUUAUUCUUGGCUUUUGGUAGACCAUCCAGAUGGAAGUAACUACGUGAUGAAUAGAAGUCUCUGGUUGUGCUGCCUAGUUAGGCAAACUACAAUACAUACUUCCAUUCUGUCCUGCUUUAGUCUGUACACAUUUGUGCAUCUGUGGUAUGCUUUUAAGAUGCUGUUUCUCUUGUGAAAUGAGUGUCAAUUCCUCUCCAUUAAAAUAGUUAAUAUUGUACUGCAUUGUAAUGCCUAGAGUAACUUUAAUGCGUGGAAUUAAGGUUUAUGGAGGUAAUUAAUUUAUAUUUAACUGGACUGUGUUGCAGCUUUGCUCCAGUUAACAAAUAAUAAGACUUGAAUGGUACUUUACAGUUUAUGUUAGUACUCUUACUGUAGGAUAUUUGAGUGUUCUGUAUUGCACUACAUGAUUCUUGUUGUGAGAAAUGAACUUGUUGACUUACUGAUUUAAAGUUUUGUUGCAUAUUUAGAAGAUAAAUGGAAAAUUUUGAUUUCUCCAUGUUUUUGUUUGGUUUAUGUAUUCUUCUCUUGUUAAGCAUAUUACCAUUUGUGUUGUAGCUUUUCCAUUGUAUGAUUACUGUGUUUGUCAUAGCCUAUAUACUUCUUUCAAAUGAAAGUUGGCUUUUGAAACAUAAGUUGCAUGUAAAGAAACUAUUCUGAGAUAGAUUUCUUUGUAGCCAUUAUGAUUUUUCAGCUGCAAGUUGGCCUGAGAAAUAGGUAGCAAACCAAGGCAAUCAUGUGUAAACACAGUUAUUGGUUGAUUGGCAGCUUGGAUGGCCUCUAAAAGUACUGAAUGAAUAAGUUAGCACUUACAGUACAUAAUCAAAAACGAGAAUCGUGUAUUGUGUGUGGCCUCAAGCAAAGAACAUAUAGACACAUUCCAGGAUGCUAGACAUAUGGUAUUAGCUGACUGGAUCUAUUGAGCAAUGUAGUACUAAACAUCACAGUUACAGUAGAAAUUGUCAUAAGUACUGUAGUGAUCAAAGGUUUAUUUGUAUCAAGACUAUUGAUUCAUAUAAGAAAUCCUUUGUAUGAAAAAUAUGCCUUUCAAAAUAGAAAUUGUAUCAGUUGCAAGGAGGAUACAUUGAAGAUACUCAAAUACUAACAGACUACGGGAAAAAGGUUCAUGUAUAAGAUACAUAGUCUCAUUUUCAAAGACUACCAGUCAAGUUGUGAAAAUAAUUUAGGUAGAAUUAACAGAACACUUGUGAUUUAUUAAUUUUUAUUCAUUUUUUUUUAAAGGUGUCUCCUCAGAUGGUCUGGAUUAAAAAAAAAACUAUGCCAGAUGCCUAGGUGUUAUUAUUUACUCUUAUGAUUUGUAAUGAACCUGUAGUAUUUUGGAAUACUAAACUGAACAUUUUGAAAUCUGGGCAAACAAGUCUACUUUUGAAUUCACUUUUUUUUGUUGGCUUCUUGGACGUAAUUAUGAUCUCGUUCAUACAGCCUAGUUUCCAUUUCAGCAAACAGCAAAUAAAACUUUUAUUUACAGCAACUGUUGUUAUGGCUCUUUAAGAUGCCAGUUCAUUGGUUUUGGUCACAUUUUGUUUUGACCCCUUCAUGUCUCGGCAUACCAUUGUCAGAUGAUUAUUUUACUUCUUACAAAAUGGUCCUUACUCCAUUUACUGUAAUGGUCAGACUUCAGUUACUUUCUCUUGUGGAUGACUAGUGUUGUUAUUGACAAGAAGUUUUAAAUGAGGUACAAUUAUGUUCGAUUCUCGGCCAUUCUAUUGAGGAGCGAGAGAUGUGUAUUUCUGGUAAUAGAAGUUCACUUGACGUGGUUCGGAAGUCACGUAAAGCCAUUGUUCCCGUUGCUGAAUAACCACUGGUUCCAUGCAACGUAAAAAGCACCAUACAAACAAACAAUUAUGCCAAGAAAUGUUUUUAAUAUUCAAGAGUUUUCCAUCAUCACUGUUUUUUUGAUAACUAAGGCUUAACUACUGAUGGAUGGUCUAUCCACUGCUAAGAUUAAAUUGAUAUUUAUGUAAAAUAUAAGUAUUUAUGAAAAACUUAAAUUGUUUGGAAGGUAUUUUUGGUACUAUUUUGGUAGAAAGGGUAUGUACUUAGAUAAGUGUGAUUUCUAGUAAUGUAUUACGUAUUCUUAUGGAUUUCAUAAUGUUGCAUUAUUUGUUGCCUUGCAGAAAUUUGUGAAUUGUUGAAUGUUGUACAGUAUGGAGUAAUGGAAGAAAUUAAAUUAUGCUAAGGAUGUGCCUUUUCAUUUUGAAAAUAUAGUUGGAUGCUUUUGUUGGCAAUUUUUAAGUGCAAAUGGUACACUGUUGACAUCCACUGCUGUGUAGAAAUUUAAAUAUGAAACAUAAGUAAAUAUUUUUGUCAGUUCAUUACUAUUUAUAAAAAUAUAUAUAUUUCUAAACCAAAGAGCUUUCUUUAGGGAAGAAGUAAUUGACAUUUGUAACUACCAAAGUCACUGAGAAUUCUAAAAAUUCUCAUUAGUGUUGUGUCUUGUAGCAAUAUGAGUACUGAAUAUGAUGUAUAAUUUUUUAUUUUCAGGUGAACUUGAUCAUAUUAUACUGCAUUUGAGGAGGCAAAGUUAUGGGAUUAAUUUUGAACACAGAAAUACAAACAGUACGCACUAGCAAUGAUUUGUAAAAAGCUAUGUUAAUUAUUAUCAUACUUGGAUGGCAGAAGAUAGAUGCAUGAAAGAUAUAAUUCAGGUGCAGAGCUAAACCAAAAAGUGACUGAAUGUGGUAAUGAUUGAAAAGGUGAACAUUUUUUUGUGUAUUGGACGGGUGUAUUUUUAGCAAUUUUAAUAUGAAGUGGAAGCAAAGUGUUUAGUGCCACCUAAGUCUAUGGAUCGAUUUUGAUUGAUACAUGGUAUGUGAAUUAGAUUGUAAGAUGUAUUAGAAUCAGAAUUUCAAUAAGUAAAUUAUUCAGAAUUAAUAUUGCUUCUGAUACAGAAAUUGUACCAAAUAAAUCAGGUAACUUACCUGAAAAUGGGAAAUAUUCAAGUCCUUAUUUUAAUUAUUGAGAAAAAGGAGAAGAGAAGUAUUAAAACAAAUAAUGUGAGCAAGUAAUCCUAUAGGUAAGAGAAAUUAAAGGGGUAUUGCUAUUGUAAAAAGAAGUUUCAGAGCUUUUUUCAGUACAGUUAAUGAUACCAUAAAUGUUUUGUUUUCAGCAGCCCUCCUCAAAAGAACUGAAUGAUAGUAAUUAAUUUAGUACCAAUAGCUCAAUAGGUAUUAUGGUACUUCACAGGUAUGAUAAGAUCAGAGGAUAUUGUUCAUUUUUAAAUAGCUCAAAUAGUCUUUUAAUUAUUUUUCUGAAAUGGGACUUACAAUUAGUACCUCAUAAUGAAAAAGUAUUGUUCAUUUUAACAGCUUUUGUUAGUAGUGACAUUUUUAAUCUCCGAGUUCCCUUUAAUUUUUAUUAUUACUCUGAUUUAUGUCAUUUACACCAAGGGGAUUUUGAUUUUGUUGGUAGGUAAUCUUGGAUAAAUUGAAGCAAAAGUGAGAGAGUGACCCUUUUUUUUCUUCUCAUGAUUUACUAGAGAUUUAGAUGUCUAUAUUUUUAGUUCCUGUUAUUCAUAUUUACCAAAGAAUUUCAGUUAUAUUCACUUUAUACAAAAAUGUUGUCAUUGUUUGUCAAAUUUUUAAUUUUAUCAUUGAAAUUUGAGAGCAUAAAAGAAAACAUCAUGAAAAACUUGUUAUGUAUUCUUAGUUAUGGUGUGAACAAAGUUAAACUAAAGUGUUAUUUUUUAUACUAACCAGGUAUUAAGAAAAUCUUUUAAAUAUUUAUCAAGUGUUUGUUCCUGUUUUGAAGAUUUUACCCCUUGGUUUUUCCAUUUUGUUUUUAUCGCAGAAGAGCAUAAGAAAAAUACUUGUGUUGAUAUAUUGUUCUGCAAAUAACUCAUGGUUUAAGAAUAGAAGUACUGUCAACAGUUGAAGGAUGUAAUUAAGUACAUAUACUGUAAGUAAGGCAAGAAAAAUUAUGAUGCUUGAUGACAUAAGAUUCUGAAUCUUGAUCCUUUAGUUCCUGAUUGUAUUGCAUAGUUCUCCGAGUAUAACUUAUUUUUUCCUCCAAUUAGUUACAGUAGUAUAAGUUUUUUAAUACCGUACCCUUUUCCUUGCCAAUUUAAGGUAAACUCAUAUCUGGUGUCCAUUAUUUAGUGGAGCUAGUUUUCAUCCUAAUUAUGGAUAAUCUGUCUCAUAUUUAUUUUCUGUUGUAAAUCAAUGUCAGCUGAGGUUUUAGAUUCUCCUUUUUUAUUGCCAGUGUUUUGCUUUUUAUCCACCAGUGAUACAAAUAAUGAUUAUUUAACUUUUUAAGUCUUAUUUACCUAAAUUUUCUUUAAUCAGUUGUCAGUACUGUUGCUUGUAAGUGAGAAUUAUAGAAUGGUAUUUUAAAUAUCAAUAUAUUGGUUCAGAAAUGUUUGCCUCUGUAUUUUGUAUAGCUAAGAGAAACCGUCUCAUCCAGGUGCAAAGAUUGAAUGGAUAUCAAUGACUGUCCGUCCAUUGACUCUAUAGGGUGAUCUUGGAAAGCUUUAUUAGUUACACGUUUCAGUAAAGGGAACUUAGCAGACUUACUUUAUUUUCAGUAGAAAGUAAAUGCUUAAGAUUUCCUCCCAUUUUUAGUUUAAUCUAGUUUUAGUAGAAUUGAGCUUUAGCAUGACUUUGCAUACAUAUAUAGUAUUGUAUGCUGUAUUUUAAACUAGCAACUGUGCUUACAAUCUCAUGUGCCGUUAUUACAUAGAAAUAUCUAGUCCUUUAUUUGUAAAUUAUCUUUUGAGAAGUUUUAAAUCACUCAGUAAUUAAAUAUGAUCCUCAUUGCUCCUGUUACUUUAAAUUUUAGCAUGUCCAAUCAUUUAUAAUCCUUGGGUUACCAUAUUUUAAAAAAUAAGUUAGCUCUCUUUUAUGUAAUGAAUUUUAAGAUAUUUUUUGGGUUGUGGAUUUUUGUAAAGGUUGAAUUCUAAGGCUAUGUAGAAAUUCUUGAUGUUAAAACUGUUAGUGGUAAAGUAAGUUUUUGUUCGGUGGUUUACACUGUACUACUGCUUUACCACCGUUCAUGAACAGGCUAGUUUUGGUAAUUGUAUCUUGGAUCUUAUUGCCACUCAGCAAGUAUAGUACAAGAAUUCACUAGAGGUUGUCAUGUUCAUUGUGCAUGAAUUACUGUUUCUCCCCUUUAGUCAGUCAACUCUUCUUAUGUCCAGAACUUCAUAUCACCUUGUACACAAUUCUUUGUAUCGUUAAUAAUCUUCCUUUAAUUUUAGAUUUCUUUCUCGUUUCCUAGUUCCAUUUUGCCAUUUUGACAUAAGUUGAGUAAAUUUAUUCCAGAUGGCAUAUUCAUAAAAACCAUAAUUUUGUAAUUUUUUAUUUAUGGUAAUUUUUAAAUGAAAAUGUUUAAAAAUCUUCAUUAUGAAAUGCAAAUUAAAUUUUUUUUAUAACAGUAAGAAUAUUGCUUAAAACACAUUGGUACAUUGAAAUUUUUUUUUUAGUUGCACAUAGAAGGUUAGUGAAAUUAUAGAGCAAGUAGUGCAGUAGCAAAGUGCACUUUCAUCUUUGAUCUGAACAUUUUUGUUUACUGAUAUAGUGCAGUCAGGCUUACCAAAGUUAUCUUGCCAGUAUUGUAGCUAUAGUAUUUGAUAUAUUGUAAUAUUCUUGUUUUAAUACACAGUAAUUCAUUUAACUUCAAA